AUCUGCUCUUGAUGCGAUGAUGAAGUUGAACGCGAAGCAGCUCGGCGGCGCUGAGGAAGAGGAUGAGGAGGAGGAAGAAGAGGAGAUCGGCUCGUUUUGGAAUCACGGGAUUCAUGAUGAUCCCCCGAUCCGAGCGCGAUGCGGGUCUUUCCUCUAGACUAAUGUGUGUGUUCUGUCGUGCUGGGGUCGGGAGCGCUGUGUGGGGGCUGGGAGCUCAUAUUAUACUGCACACGGAUCGCUGUAACGCAUCAGACAGUCGGCGCCUCGCUUGAAAGGGAAGGGCAAAACAGGAGCGAAACACCCAUGUUUUAUUUAUCUGCGGGCGCGCGGACGCUCGCGCCGUCUGUCGGGGACGAGCUUUAAAGGGAACUCAUGUGUUUUCGCAACUGUCCAACACCCCCCCUCCCCCCACGCAUCCAGGACAGCAGUGCCGCCGCUCGCGAGGCUCCAUCGCCGCGAGGGUCUCCUGGUGACCACCCCUGAGUUGGACCCCCCCAGGAGAGGCGGUCUGGUCCCCCCCUAAAAGGACUCUAUAGGGUACCUCCAACGCAGAGACUAAAUGCGCCUGGACCAGGUGGGCUGCUGGCAUGAAGUGGCCAGGCGAGUCCAGGACCAUGGUGCUCAGUGGCAGGCGCUCCAGCAGCAGAACCCCCAGCGAGCAGCCCCUGAGUCAACCGCGUGCGCCACGCCGCUGCAAGCGCUCCCCCUGCACCCGAAGGUGUAGCGGACGUUUCAGCACUACGCCCCCGGAGGCCGAGAAGCGCUGCGUUCCCUCCUCGGGGAUGAGCGCCAAGGAACUGUGUGAGAACGAUGACCUCACCACCUGCCUGGUUCUCGACCCCUACCUUGGCUUCCAGACCCACAAGAUGAACUCCAGGUUCCGACCCAUCAAGGGCAAGCAGGAGGAGCUGAGAGAGGUGAUAGAGCUUUUCAAGAAGCGUGACGACCUGGAGGAGGCCUUCGAAGCGCUGACGACUGGAGACUGGGCCCGACACUAUUUCCCGCACAAGAACAAGGCCAAGGAGAAGCUCUUCAAAGAGCAUGUGUUCAUUUAUUUGCGAAUGUUUGCCGCGGACAGCGGGUUCGAAAUCCUUCCUUGUCAUCGAUACUCUUCGGAGCGAAACGGAGCAAAAAUUGUCGCCACAAAGGAGUGGAAGAGGAAUGACAAGAUCAAGUACCUGGUGGGCUGCAUCGCAGAGCUGUCUCAGUACGAGGAAAACAUGCUCCUUCGGCACGGCGAGAACGACUUCAGCGUUAUGUACUCCACGCGGAAAAACUGCGCCCAACUUUGGCUGGGUCCAGCUGCCUUCAUCAACCACGACUGUCGGCCCAACUGCAAGUUCGUCUCCACCGGCCGCAACACUGCCUGCGUCAAAGUUCUGAGGGACAUCGAGCCGGGGGAGGAGAUCUCCUGUUACUAUGGCGACAGUUUCUUCGGGGAAAGCAACGAAUUUUGCGAAUGCUACACUUGUGAAAGAAGAGGCACGGGGGCUUUCAAAUCGAAAGCGGGCCCCCCCGUGGAGACGCCUGUGAUCAACAGCAAGUACGGCCUGCGGGAAACGGACAAGCGGCUCAAUCGGCUGAAGAAGCUCGGGGAGGCGAACAAGAGCUCGGACCGCCCGUCCGCGGGCUCCCGCUCCAACGGCGCCUCCCAGGAAAGGCGCACGGCCCAUGGAUCAGUGAGAAGGGGGACGUCCAGUAGUGCAAAGAAGUUCAGCAAAUCUGGGUCUGUACCCCGGCACCCUCUGUCCAGAACUCCUUCCUCUACCUCAUCUUCCAAACAAAGUCAUAUAAAUAAUUCACGGUUACCAAAGAGACUGAGAUCGAAGGCUCCAAGGCCCUCGCUCGCUCAGUCCAAGCUGAGGAACCACUCUCGGGGGUCCAAGCAAAAGCUAGACAUGGGUAAGCUUGGUCUGAAGGAGCCUAAGGUAAUGUUGUGCAAGACUUUCAUGGUGAAGAAGGAGAAGGACAUAGAGGCAGCGGCGAAGGUUGAGGACUCCACGGGCUCCUUGCCUCACCAGGCGCCAAAGGAGCACAAUCACGAUCCUCUGAAAGGGGCGCAGUCUUACACAUACAGAACUCGAAGGGCCACUCGAGGCUCCUCAGAAGUCAAGGUGGAACCGGGUCUGCUGGACAGCCACGGUCUCAUGCCCGGUGGUGUGGUCGUCAAGACUGAGCCGGCUAACUUGGAGGAGUACGUGGCACCUGGUGCCCAGGUUCAUGGAUCCAGGCCAGAGGCCAGCGGACCCAAGAAGGGAGCCUGUCCGCGGCGGAGGCGACCGCAGCAGCUGAAACUGGACCAGGUGGUCAAGUCAGAGGAUAGUGGCCCGUACGGGGAAGCAUUUGCCCAGGAAGGCAUCCUGGACCUGCGGCACGCCGAUGUGGCAGACUACAGCAAUGUGCUGCUGAGCCUCCCCCCAGACUGCAGCGGUGCUGCUGCCCCCUCCGGUCUCUUCCGCAGGGAGGGACUGAGGCCCGGUGGCCGAGCAGUGGGUAAAGGCAAGAGGAAGAGAUGCAUCACACGCUAUGACGCGCAGCUCAUCCUGGAGAACAGCUCAGGUAUCCCCAAGCUGACUUUGCGGCGGUGUCGGGACAGCAGCGGGGCCGAGCCGAGGGAGCCGUGCCGCGCCAGCACUAAGCCCACCUCGGGCUCCUCCAAGAUUAGCAUCAAGUUCAGCAAGGAGCGCCAUAAGCAUGCUGGUGGCUCCUACGUGGCGCGGCUUAACAACGGCUUUGGCCACAGCGCCCACGGCGGGGCUGCUGCCACCAAGCUGAAGAUCCAGCUGAAGCACGAGGAGAACGGCCGAGGGGUCUCCACAAAAGGGGUUUCCUUGAGGGCCCCCCACAAACGCAGGGGCAGGGUGAACGGGACUCGAAAGAAAGACGAGGGCUCCUCGUCUGGGGAGGAGUACUUUGAAGAGGAAGACUAUGAGGAUGAUUUCGCUCCCCACCCGCCUCCUAAACGUCUCCGGCUGAUAGUAGGAAAAGACUCCAUAGACAUUGACAUCUCUUCUAGGAGAAGGGAGGAUAAAUCUUUGAGACUCAGUGCAUAAACUCUGAGGGUUUUUUCUUGAUCUUCUUGCAUAUAUAACUUCAGUCAGCCUCGUGUUGAUUUAAGAAAAUGCUGUUAAAAUGAAACUAUAUAGAACUGAGUAAACAAAAAAUAGACUUUUCUGUAAAUUGUAGAGAUGGACGCACUGCUCUUCUAAUGAUGAGGGGCAUAAAUACUGUAAGAAAAGUUGUACAGUCUAUGAACGCUUGUCAUGUCUGAUGUGCAGGUUUUUAUUGUAGUUCUUUUUUUUUUUUUUUUAAUCGUCCUUUCAUUGUGCAAUUCUUAACUCUGUUUACAACCAGACUCGUUCGUAACGCAGAAAGCAUCCAGCAACAAAUACCACCGCUCAAUUGAACACAAGGAUACUGCUGCUCUUGAGGGUGAAAUUACACACAAGUUCUUCGUAGCACAAUAUGCAUGAAUGGUGUGUAAAUGCAUUACGCUGGCUCCUCAGUUUACGAACGCAGUUGGGAUCAAAAGUCCACUCGUCACUCUUUAACUCCACUGUUAUUAUUGCCAGUACGUCAGAGCACACAAGAGCUUAAUAAUACGGUCGUUCCUUGAUUUAUUAACGAAAUAGAUUUUGGAAAAACUUCAGAUGUAGCUAUAAUAG